AAUUUAAUUUUUUUUUUAUGCAUCAAGAUUAAAUCAAUACAUAUCGAAAUUAGUCAAAUUACCAAUAUUUGGGAUCAAACAAGCGUUCCAGCGAUCGGAGGCUGGAAUUGUGAACUAACUAAUUUUCAUGGAGGAACGGCAUUUCAUUCCCGAAAGUGGCGGCGAUCAAGAACCAUCGCAGGAGGCGGUUGAAGUUGAGAAUCGACGGGAAGUGCGACUCCAGCCUGGAGCUGAAGAGAAACUCGUGUUGCAAUUCAUGGACUCGCUUAAUAGCUAUCUUUCCCUCUCUCACUCUCUCUCUUCCACACUUGGACAAGCAUGGAUGGAAUUAGCAAGUGCGAGGCAUUCCAUGGGAACUGCACGCAUUAAUACUUCUCUUUUGGACCUCAAAUUCCAUCCAGCUUCUACAACGUUGAAGAUUACCGAAUAUGAUGAUGCAAAAGCAUGGUUCGUGUUGCGUAAAUGGGUAUCCUCUGAAGAAGAUGAAGAUAGUAAUAGCACCAAAUCUUCUGAACUCGCAGAUGAUGAUGAUGUAGUAGUUCGAAGGGAGCGAGCGAAGUCAUUGUCAGUCUUUGGAAUUUUAAUUCCGCCAAAGCUUCGAGCCGCCCAACUGUCAUUUGAGAGAGCACUAGAGACACUAGUAGAAAUGGCAAAUAUGCGAUCGUCAUUCCUAUAUUCGUUUCACCAACUUCAUCAAGAGGUAGAAGAUACUAAGGAAUAGGCAGCAUUGGGUGGCAAGCAGUAUCAUCAAAGGGUAACAUGAUUUUCCCUUUAUAGAAACCAUUAUCCUUUCUUCCGCCUUUAGCUGGAAAGACAGAGACAGAAUGAGGAAAGUAAAAGUAAUUGGUUUGCAAGAUAACUCAAUGAUUAGCGAGAAAUUCGUAACCAAAUAGAAUUUUUUUUCCCCCACUUAUUACUAGCAUGCUUAAUUUUUUUGCAUGUACAGGAUGCCGGAAAUGUGUAGCAUGUGGAUUAUCUGAUUAUAGUAAUGGGGACCAGCAUUCCAGGUUGUUGACGUUAAAUUGACUGAUUUGUCAGAAGAUAGUGAAAUAUAUUCGCAUCAUGUUCAUUUCGUUUUUGCAUCCCGCGUAUAAAAUUAUCUUUCAACGGUUUAUGAGAUGUUAAAGAUGAAGCAAAAGCAAGUUCCUUAAGAUAGUUUUGCCGACACUAGCUUCAUGUUUCUUGUGUUUGGCUUAAUAACGCACUCUAUUUAUUCAUCAACCUUACUGCUCACUUGGAAAAUGGCGUGUAAUUAUGCUUGUUCUUUUUCUAUAACAUGGGAGGCUGAAAAAUGAAUAAAUUACAAUAUUAAAACGA